AUGUUUGCCGGAAGGAUAGCUGCGGUUGCCCGCAGAGAAUCGCUGAGACCAACGUUACCAUUUCUAGUUCGUCGUCCCUUGGCCGUAUUGCCAGUGCCGAGGGGAACCACUCGCGGCUAUGCAUUUAAGAUCGAGAAGGUACCGCAGAUGGCCGAGUCUAUAUCGGAGGGAACGCUCAAGCAGUUCAAUAAAAAAGUCGGCGAGUUUGUGGAGCAGGACGAGGAAAUUGCCACAAUCGAGACCGACAAGAUUGAUGUCGCCGUGAACGCCUCGGAGGCUGGGACGAUCAAGGAGUAUUAUGCCAGCGAGGAAGAUACUGUGACUGUCGGUCAAGACCUGGUUCGAAUCGAGCUUGGCGGAAGCCCGAAUGUUGGCGAGAAGAAAGAUGUCUCCUCGAACGAGUCGAAGUUUGAACCAGCGCGAAUUGAAUCGACCGCAGAGCUGGACAAGUCACAAUCGGUCGCGCCACAGAAAUCAGAACUCCCUCGAACGCCUGAACCCGAGCAGCCCAUGAAGGUCAUGAGCAUGGCACUGCCAGAUGUGCAGAACAAUUCCAGCUCGCUACCAGCCUCGCCCCCCCCUAUGCGCGAGGAACGCCGCAUAAAAAUGAACCGAAUGCGCCUCCGCAUCGCGGAGCGUCUCAAACAGUCGCAGAACACGGCAGCAUCCUUGACAACCUUCAAUGAAGUUGAUAUGUCUAACAUGAUGGAAUUUCGCAAGCUGUACAAGGAUGAUAUUCUUAAGAAGACCGGUAUUAAACUAGGCUUUAUGAGCGCCUUUGCCAGGGCCACUGUCCUGGCCAUACGAGAUAUUCCUGCCGUCAAUGCAUCCAUUGAAGGGCCAAAUGGAGGCGACACGGUUGUCUACCGCGACUACGUCGAUAUCAGCGUUGCUGUUGCCACGGAGAAGGGGCUCGUCACACCCGUCGUACGAAAUGUAGAGUCAAUGGAUAUGCUUGCCAUUGAGAAAUCAAUUGCAGACAUGGGUAAAAAGGCAUGUACUCUCAUGCCACCUGUUGACCCCUGA